ACUAUGAAAUGUAGCAUGAGGGAUCUCUGUGAUGGAGCUUUUCUGCAUCUUGACUGUAACAAUGGUCACAUGAAUGUACUCAUGUGAGAAAUAUCACAGAACCAAAUACAUAUACACAAAUAAGUGCAUAUAAAGCUGGUAGGAUCCGAAUAUCAAUGUCAGUGUCAAUUUCCUGGUUGUGGUAUGACAUACUUACGCAAGAUGUUGCCUUGGGGGAAAUCUGAGUAAGAGGCAUAUAAAAUCUCUCUGUAUUUUUUUCUUACAACUAUAUGUAAAUCUACAUCUAUAGUUAUCUCAAAUAGAUGUCUAUAGGUCUGUGCCCAAAAACUCUAAUCCUCUUCCCAUAGGACAUUCCCCAGGCACAAAUUCAGAAUCCACUGACCCAUCCUUUAAACAGCAGAAUAACAAGCUUAGUUACUAUGUUUUGCAGACAGCCAGAUACGUUAGAAUGAGGAGAGUCUGCUAGAGUCCUCAAGGUCACACAACAGAGGCACUGAAACCCAGGUCUCCAAUCCCCGGUCUGGUGUUUUUAGUAAUCACCAUCUUUUGAAGCCUUCUUAUAUUGUAGAUGAUAAUUCGUACCUCUUCAUUUGAAACUAUACAUUUACUCCUUUUUUUUUUAGAGGUUUUUUUUUUUUGGAGGAGGAGGAGGGUAGUCUGAUUGAUUGAUUGACUGAUUUUUAGAGAAGGUACUGGGGCUUGAACCGAGGCCCUCGUGAUGCUAAGCACACACUCUGCCACUGAGCUAUACCUUCCCAACCCCUACAUUUACUACUUUUAAGACACUGAUUUGAUCAAGCACACUAAUUUUCUAAAUAAGAAAUACAAGGGUAAGAAAACAUUUGUAAAUCUCUUUAAGAUAAUUUGAUAUUAAGUAUGAUUAUGUGCUUAAAAGUUACAACAGCAAAGUUUUAGGUUAGUCUUAAGGGAAAGUUUCUUAUUAGAUUUGUUAAACCAAGAAUGGGUAACCCAGGAACAUAAAAAAUCAUCCUUUGCUGGGAUUCUUUCAAAAUAUGUUAGAUGCUUAUUUCAGUAGGUGUUGGUUAGGAGUCUAUUACAUGACAGUUACUAUGUUAGGAGCUACAGCCACAGGGAAGAGAUAUGACCUAGUACCUGCCCUCUUAGAUCUGUAUGAGAGUGAUGGGAAAAAAUAGUCAGUCACAUCAUAGUAGGAAGUAUUCAAUGAAAGGGAAAGAAGGGGAGGCUAUCAGAACAUAGAUGAGCAUCUCACCCCUAAUCCUGGAGGCAGGGAGAUGCAAAAAGAUAUCUACAUGAAGUUAGAAAUCGGGGAGCUUGGUGAUAUGAAAGGAAAGGACCAGUGAGGGGAACAGCAUGGACAACAAUGCCGCUAGUCCAUAUGUGCAUUUGGGGGAGCUGCAGCUUGGGAAAAUGGUGUGAGAAGAUCUGGACACUUGAGGAGGGUUGAUGGUGGCCAGGGACCAGGUCAUGAAAGGCUUUUCCAAGUAGUCUGAAGUGUUUAGGCUGGGAUAUAAGCAGAAGUAGCAACUGAAUGGAGACACUAGUCAGAGUAGUUUCCACCACAUGCCACAGGACAUCCUUAAGCUUUCCUCUUUCUGCAGUCCAUCUUUUUGCAGGGUCCUCUACUCUUCUCCAAUAUCAACCUCCCUAAGCUUCACAGCCUAGUUCCAACACCACCUUUUUCUCCAGGAAGCCUCCCCAACCCCUAACUGGAAGGGAUGAUCUGCAGUGGGUGUGGGUGUCUGUGUAUGUGCACUGUACAGCAUCACAUGCAGUGCAGUGUAAUAGUUAGGAGCCUCUGGAACCAGCGUGCCCCAGUCCCAACCCUGGCUUUACUGCACACUCUCUAUGCUUCAAUUUCCUCAUCUGUCAAGUGGGAAUAACAACAUUACUACAUCAAAAGGUUAUCUCAGGAUGGAAUAAUUUCAUAGAUACAUUUAACUCACUCAGAAGAGUGACUGGCACAAAGCAGUGUUUAAUCACUGUUAGCCUUUAUUACAUGUUGUGGCUGCCAUGCACACCCAGCUUGGGCUCAGUCAGCUUUGGACUCAUCAGAGAGUAGAAGUCAAUGUCUUUCCUUCACAGUUGGUCAACACAGGCUAGAAAUACACUUUCCUUUCACAGGCAACCUAGUGGUAGAGACAAGAACCCGAAACCAUGAUUUAAAAGAACUAGAUCUUCUUUCUAGCUCCUCCAUCUUAAUCCCUGGCUGACCUAGGGCAAGUGUCUUCACCUUCCAGAACAUCAGUAUUCUCAUCUAUGCAAUAGGAAUGAGCUCCUAGGAGAUUCAAAAAGACAGAGGGCAUGGCAUACUUUGCAAAGUGGUGAUGCAAACAUGAUUGCCACUUCCCAGUCUGCAAACCACACCACACGCCUCUCCAUCCUCACUUUCACUUCCAGAGGAAGCACAGUCCCCAGACUGGCACAGCUGGCAGGCCUCCAGGGCUAGGAGCAGGUAUAUUUCCAUUUGUCCCACCCACUAACUUGAUGAAUUCUUUUUCUCCUCCUCCAGGGACUUUCCUAACUUCCUUCUGUAAACGAAGGAAAGAGCACAUGAGCACACUGUAUAUAAAUAUGCUUGGGAAAGCUUUCUUCUUCUUCUUCUCUUUUUUUUCCCCCCUUAAACCAAACUUGGUUUCUGUUGUAGGCGGUGCAUUCCCUAGUAGGGCGGGGAACAGCAUGCUGUGAAAAGGGGAGUUGGGGAGGAGCAGGCAGUGAUUAAUUCACCCACUGUGAGAGCUGGGCUUCUAUUUAAUGGGGGGGGGUCUCUCUGGCCAGGAGGAGUCAGAGGCAACUCCAGGACCAGCAGGAGCAUGGCAGAGGAUCUGGGGCUGGGCUUUGGGGAAUCAGCCAGCGUGGAAAUGCUGCCUGAGGACGGCGACUGCAGGCCCAAGGCCAGAACUGGGUCAGCAUCCAGGAGCAGCAGUGCACGCUGGGCUCUCACCUGCUGCCUGGUAUCACUCCCCAUCCUGGCAGGACUCACCACCUACCUGCUCGUUGGCCAGCUCCGGGCCCAAGGAGAGGCUUGUGUGUUCCAGACUCCAAAAGGACAGGAGGUUGGACCUUCACAUCAGCGAGUCUAUGCACCUCCUAGAGCUGGUGGAGAUAAGCCAAGGGCACAUCUGACAGUUGUGAGACAAACUCCCACACAGCCCUUGAAAAAUCAAUUCCCAGCUCUGCACUGGGAACAUGAACUUGGCUUGGCCUUCACCAAGAACCGGAUGAACUAUACCAACAAGUUCCUGGUGAUCCCAGAGUCAGGAGACUACUUUGUUUACUCUCAGAUCACAUUCCGAGGGACCACAUCCGAGUGUGGCGAAAUCAGUCCACGGAGACGACUCAGCAAGCCAGACUCCAUUAUCGUGGUCAUCACCAAGGUAACAGACAGCUACCCCGAGCCAACCCAGCUCCUAAUGGGGACCAAGUCAGUGUGUGAAAUAGGCAGCAACUGGUUCCAACCCAUCUAUCUAGGGGCCAUGUUCUCCUUGCAUGAAGGGGACAAGCUGACAGUGAAUGUCAGUGACAUCUCUUUGGUGGAUUACACAAAAGAAGAUAAAACCUUCUUUGGAGCUUUCUUGCUAUAGGGGCAAGGCAGAUGUCAUUGUAUGAAGGUCUUCUGCCUCUUAGUUCCUAAUUUUCCUCAUUCAGAUGUAAUUAUAACCAGGAAGUUUUCUGGAGCAUCCACAGAGACAGUGGAUUAGCUACGAAAUUUAGGGCCCCAACGUUCACACUUUAUGUGCCUUACUGAUGAGAAUACUAAUUGGAAAAAAAGGCAGAAGGCAGACAUAUUAUCAUGGCUGCUUAGAAGAGUGGUGAGUUUCUAAACAUUAAAACACUGAUCACCAAAUGAAUGGAUGAUCCACUUGGGACCUUUCCAUGCCUUCCUAGUAUGCGUUUGUCACCAGAGGGCCCAGGUACUGUACAAUUGUAUUAUGAAGCAUUUGCUUCAGUUCAGGACCCUGAAACAAAAUCCAAGGCCUAGAAAACUGUAAAUCCUUCAGAGGCGAAAUCCUUCAUCAGUUUCCCCAAACACAUAUUUCAGUGCUUUGCCUAGAAAAAUGAAAAGAGAGCUGAUGUUUCUUAUGAACAUUCUUAAGAAAAGAAAUUGGUUUUCAUGCCAUCUAUGUCAAGUGAGAAGAACUACCUUUCUCUUUAUUAUGUACACAUGUAUCAAAACAAGCAGGUAUGAGUUCCACAUGCAAAUAAAAAAUUCAACACUAGCAUCAACUCAGCACGGUGUUCUUGAGAACCUUUUAUGUCUGCUACCUUAACCCAGAAGACACGAUGAAGAACAAGACAGACUCUGCACUCUACCCAAAUUUAUAUGAAUACCACUAGAUAACUCUGAUCAAACAGUACAUGCAGAUUGCUAAAUGGAUAUUUUUCUCUAAAAUAUUCAAAGAGAUUUAAAUAAGGAUUUGGCUAAUUGGCCCAGCCAAGGCAUCUUUGCUUGAGACGAGGCUGGACAUUGAGAACCCUCCUGCGCUUCAAUGAGUUCACAUCCUCUAAUCUGUAUGAUGUUCCUGAACUAAUAUGUCAAGGGUGGGAGGGGCAUUACUGCUCUCUUAGCCUCUGUUGACUUGUCUGUAAAGCAGGAAUCUAUCAAUUUGUUUCCCAUGGGUAUGGAACAUGUUAACUUCGAGCAUUUCUGUAAAGUCUAAGAGCAUGUCGGUGUGACAUGGGGAGUGACUUCCAGCACCUUGGCCACUAUUAUAAAUGCUCCCUGUUAUGACAGGCUUCACAGAUGGGUCUGAAGGCAAAUUUGGCAAUGAAAUCGCUCUUACUCUUGUUGCCAAGAGACUACAGGGGCAGAGAGGUGCAUGUUGUGGUUCCUGAACAUGGUGAUUGGUGUAGCAGCACUUGAUCAAUGUUUGUUGAGUUAUAAUUAAAUAAAAACUAAUUUCUAAUUUCUCAGUUGGGAGGUUAAGGUCCUAAAGCCUUCAGCUUCUCAAACCAGUCAGCACAGGGCUCAGCGUGAGCACACACAAGGGUGUGGUCACCUCCACCUGGUUCAGAAGUGUCUUCACAAGGGAAGUGAAGCCUGAAUGAGUCCUGAAAGAAGGUGGGAGGGCAGCAGAUGGCCUCUAGGAAAGGGCAUCUUGGACAGAGGAAUUACCCUUUGCUUAAAGGAGAAAGGAAAGGUUUCUCAGUAAGUACAAAACCAGCUUGAUAAGAGAAUGUUUCCCCAGCCAUCUCUUAGAAUAAUAUUUGUUAGUAAAUCUGGAAUGUCUUAUCAAUGUUGCCAAUCUGGCUCCAUGAUUAGAGACAAAACCCUCUUAAGAAAAUAAAAUGCUCUCUGUGCAAGAAGUGCAUGAGAGCCCCAGGCAACCUGGGAUAUGGGAAAGGAUUUGUACAGAGGAGUCUGGAGUGGUCUGCUCACCUUCCCUUCCACAGAAAGGAACCCCUUUACCAAGGGCUUCAAACCUUUCCUCUGUCCCAUAGGGAAUCUGGUGGAUUUGGAAGUUUAUCCAAGAAACAGGGGUUUCCUACUAUCCUAAAAUACUUGAGGCUUUGGAAAAACCCCUGCCACGUAUUUAUUUUGCUCCUGUUAUAAGCUUGUUUAUUGAAGAACAUAUUAUACUCAGGUUUUCAUUGCUGAAAGUGUUAAACUCUCUCUAAUAUUCCUUUUACUGCCCAGAUAGGACCUGCCAAACAUUCCUAGUAGGACCCAAGUCAGAACCUCUGUUUCUUAGGCAUUAUCUAUCUCCGUCGCAAAAUUUAGUGCAGUAGUUGUAAAAAUGAGGUGGGAGAAUGUUUUUUCAGAGCAUGUGAUGAUCCCUUAAAAGGAGUAGAUGGGGUGCAUUCAAAGAUUUGGAAGGAAAGAAGGAGCAUGUUUACAAUGCUUUAGAAAAUAAUUAAUUUUGGGGGAAAAUACUUUACUGGUUCAAUAUCCCUGAAAAGGCUGAAUUCAAAUCAAUUCCACAAACAUUUACUGAGUACCCACUCACCCUGGGGACACAAAGAUCAAUUAUUUUAGUCUCAGAUGUGCUCAUUCUAACUGCUUAAGCACCUCCAUUGUCUGCAGAUUCUUUAAUUUAUUUUGGUUGUAUUAGCUAAUUAAUUAGGUGACUUUAGGCACAUGGGUAUUUUCUCAUUACGAAAAUGGGUGCUAUCUGAUGAAUGAUGAUCAUUAACAAAAUGACUUGUGUUUAAGUGAUUUUUUUAAGUAGCUACUCAAGGACAGUUCUCCAUAAAUAAAAAGGGACAAAAUAAAGAUACUGUUUUCUAUGGUAGAAUACAUUUUUAAGCCACAUAUAGGGAAAGGCUUAUUAUCUCUUGGACUCAAGUUUGGCCAUCAACACCCUUGAAAAUAUUAGAACUUUAUGGAUAACCCAGAUGCUCUGAAAAGCCUGUUUCUCAGCAAAUACAGGAACCAUGAUCAAAAUGCAUGGAAUCACUAGUAUUUUGACCCUGGCAUGGUUUAGAUCUAUUUGGCAGAACAAAAUUCCUAAAUUUUUUUUGACUAAGGUACAGUAGGAUGUGAAAAGGUACACUUUCACACCCUGAAAAGUGUCCAGUUCAGUUCAGUAGCAAGGCAGGCCAGAGCCCUUGGCUUCAUUUCAAUCUAAGCUACGUCACUCCAGAGGAAAUUCCACCUCUGUGCUUGUCAACAACCCUCUGGAUUAUAAAAGUUCAACUAGCUCACUGUUCACAAGGCACGCCUGUUGCCAAAAUUCUCUUGCAAGGUGUUUUCCCAAGUCCUUUCCCAAUCAUGUUUUCAUGAUUGUGACACUGGGGAUUAAAUCUUCAGGACAGAUCUGUGUAUGCACCUAACAAAACACAUAGAGAAGUCACUUUCCUCAAGACUUCUUGCUCCCCUAAGGCCCAGAGUCCUGGAAGUGUUCAACCAUUUGUAGAAGAAAAUUUUUAAAGGAUGCACCACUAUCCUGGAUGUUUAGAGCUACUGCAUCAUAUUGGCAACUGGGCCUGGGAAGAAUUCAGUAGACUGUGAACCCCUCAAUCUUCUUGCUCCAACAGUGAUAAAGUGAGGGUCAGAGUAGUCACAUAUAUGACCUGCACCACUGUGAGAACCAUAUUUACAACUUCCCAAGCUUUGUGACUCAUUUGCACCACUCCCUCAUCCCUCCCAUCACCUUAUUUUAAGAAAAAAGUACCAUACCAGCCCAGACAGAAGUUACUUGUUCAGGACCACACAUUGAGUUAAUGGCAGAUCUAGAGCUAGGACACUAGCUUCCUGUAUCAGAGUCCUAGGCUCACUCAGUCACCAUCUGCUCUUAGCAAAUAGCAUUUAUUUUAAUAACUGGAAGAAAAAUGGGAGGAAGACAUGAGAAAUGUCAACUAUCUAUAGGGUGAUAUAGAAAGGGGGAGAUUUCUUCUAUGUCUCCCUAGAGAAAGAGCUAGGGCUAAUGAGUUGCGGUUACAGAGUCACCAUUUCUGGCUCGAUGUCCCAAAGAACUUUCUAUCCAAAAAUAUAACUCCCCAGAUAGUGAUUUCUCAGGCCCUGGAGACAGUCAGGCAAAGGGCUAAUCUCAAGGCUUUUGCAGAAGCCAUUCCUAGAUUGAUGUAAGAGGAAAGAUUGAAUGAUUAUGUGGCCAUUUUUUAACUGACUUCCACGUGAUCUAUUUGAUCGUUAAGAACCUGGUAGGCCUCAUCAAGUGUUCAGGGCUUCUAGCCUAGAAGUGGCUGCUGUUUUCCACUUGUUAAGAGAGUGUCCAA